CCCUGCCUUUUGUUUGUUUUCCUGCCUGUGGCUGGAGAAGAGGCCGGCUUCCUGCUGCUGUGCCAUGCGCCGCAUGGCCCUUGCGACUCGCCGGACCUACCGGGCGUCCCUUUACGGACUCCUCGGCCUGUCCUAGCAAGGAUCGCCCCAGUUCUUGAACGUACUGCUCCACCCCAGUCGCAGCAGCGGGCCCCCGCCUGUGUUCGCGGCGCCAGCAGAAGACUGAUCUUUGAAAAUAUGUCUUUGGAAGAUAGUCACGUUCUCCUGAAUACCUUGUGCUGGUGCUGCCAUAGAAAAAUUUGGUUACACUCUGGGGUGGCCUGCUGCCACUUUAGGACUGAACCCCCGCAGCCCUGAGAUGAGUGUCUGGCCUGAGUGGGCACACCAUGAAUAGAUACACAACAAUCAGGCAACUUGGGGAUGGAACCUACGGUUCUGUCCUGCUCGGAAGAAGCAUUGAGUCUGGAGAACUAAUUGCAAUAAAAAAAAUGAAAAGAAAGUUUUAUUCCUGGGAGGAAUGCAUGAACCUUCGAGAGGUUAAGUCUUUAAAGAAGCUCAACCAUGCCAAUGUAGUAAAAUUAAAAGAAGUUAUCAGGGAAAAUGAUCAUCUUUAUUUUAUCUUUGAGUACAUGAAGGAAAACCUAUACCAGCUCAUUAAAGAAAGAAAUAAACUGUUUCCUGAGUCUGCUAUAAGGAAUAUCAUGUAUCAGAUAUUACAAGGACUGGCAUUUAUUCACAAACAUGGCUUCUUCCAUCGGGACCUAAAGCCUGAGAAUCUCCUCUGCAUGGGACCAGAACUCAUCAAGAUUGCAGACUUUGGAUUGGCCCGAGAGAUCCGGUCAAGACCUCCAUACACAGACUAUGUGUCUACCAGAUGGUACAGGGCCCCAGAAGUGCUCCUGAGGUCUACCAACUAUAGUUCCCCCAUUGAUAUCUGGGCUGUGGGCUGCAUCAUGGCUGAAGUAUAUACCCUCAGGCCUCUCUUUCCUGGGGCCAGCGAAAUUGACACAAUCUUCAAAAUUUGCCAAGUGUUGGGGACACCGAAAAAGACUGACUGGCCCGAAGGCCACCAGCUGUCCAGUGCUAUGAACUUCCGCUGGCCCCAGUGCAUACCCAAUAACUUGAAGACUCUGAUUCCAAAUGCCAGCAGUGAAGCAAUUCAGCUGCUAAGAGAUAUGCUUCAGUGGGAUCCCAAGAAACGACCAACAGCUAGUCAGGCUCUUCGCUAUCCCUACUUCCACAUCAGGCAUCCCAUGGGCAGCAUCACUCAAAGUGUUGAUGAUCCAGGAAAGACACAGAAAGACAUCCUAGAAAAGGCAGGCCUGCCUCCUUACAUCAAGCCAGUCCCUCCAGCCCAGCCCCCCACCAAGCCACAAACGCUGAUUUCUACACGACAGCAUCAAGCCAGCCAUCCCCCUCAGCAUCUCACCUACCUUUACAAAGCAGAUGUUCCCAGGACAGAUCACCCAAGCCAGCUCCCAGAGAACAAGCCAAGCCCAUUGCUCUUCCCUUCCCUCCACACCAAGAAUCCUCAUUUGAAAAUACUAACUGGCCUGGAGCAUAAAAAUGGUGAGAUCAAGCCAAAGAGCAGGAGACGUUGGGGUCUUGUGUCCCGAUCAACCAAGGAUUCUGAUGAUUGGGCUGACUUGGAUGACUCAGAUUUUAGUCCAUCAUUUACCAGGAUUGACCUGAAAAACAAAAAAAGACAGACUGAUGAGAGACUCUGCAGAUUGGAAAGUACUCUGGACCUGAAGCCCUCUGAUCCCGUGGGCACAGGAAAUAGUGCCCCAUCCCAGACUUCAUAUCAGAGGCGAGACACACCGACCAUGAGUUCAGCAGCGAAGCAGCAUUACUUGAAGCAGUCCCGAUAUUUACCUGGAAUAAAUAUAAGAAAUGGCAUACUUCCAAAUCCAGGCAAGGAUUUUAUUCCAUCUAAUCCAUGGUCUAGUUCUGGGUUGUCUGGAAAAUCUUCAGGGACAGUGUCGGUCAUCAGCAAAAUUAAUUCAGUUGGUUCUGAUUCUACAUGUUCUAGUGGACUGACUGGAAACUACAUUCCUUCCUUUCUGAAAAAAGAGAUCAGUUCUGCUAUGCAGAGGGUACACCUGGCACCCAUUUCAGACCCUGCCCCUGGCUAUUCUUCCCUCAAGGCUGUGAGACCUAAUCCUGGGAGACCCUUUUUCCACACCCAGCCUAGAAGCACUCCUGGGUUGAUGCUACAACCUUCUGCUGCCCAAACGGUGCAUGGUCGGACAGAUUGGGUUUCCAAGUAUGCAUCUCGGCGAUGACUGUCCUGAAGCUGUGCAGAGAAUCCCAGGGCUCACUAGUGUUUCAUCUGCAAAGAACUUUCUGAGGAUAUCAAAGCAAAUAGACACUUUAUUGUCAUUUUUCUGAACUAAGACAUUUCAAUAUUCUUUUUAUGGAUUUUUUAAAAUAUUGAUUUGAAUGCAAUACCCUUUUUUGUACAAAAUUAUUUUGUUCUAAAACUGGCUCCCCAUAUUUUCUUAAAUAGCAGCAUUUUGUAUAUAUUGAUUAUGUUUUAGCAUUUUCUACAGCUAGCUUUGUAACAAAAUUUUUAAAGAUUAAUUGAUUUCCUUUGGGGUUCCAGAUAAUAUUUUAUACAGAAUUAAAAAAAAACCAACAUAAUUUUGAUGCAGUAUUGCAACAGGGGUGCAAUUUAAGGCUACAUGAUAAAAGGCUUUUUAUUCAAUGUAUGUGGAUAUUGUAACAUGGUUAGAAUUUAUUA